AUUUUAGUUGAGUCGGCCGCAAUACCGGAUGAGCUGCUCAGCAAGGGACAAUCUGCAUUAAACCGAUCCUUGACAUCUCACGGGAUCAGAUGGUGCAAAACAUCAUCAACCCCAGCUGAUUGGCCGGUUCGGACUUUGGAAUAUAAUGCCUCCCUUUUCCGAACCUGCCAAUCAAGUCACAGUGAAUUUCAGGCAGCAGAAGUCAUGGUCCCA